GUUUCGGUUUUCCUCUCCCUCAUUUUAACAACAGACGCAGCGAUCGAGCAGCUGAUGUGGGUUAUAUCCUAGAACAAGACAGUUAAAACUUGGAAAAGUUACCUUUUUUUUUUUUUUACAGAUGGCUGGGAUAUUUAAUUUGCUCCAGCAAUACAGACUGGAGUCCUACUACAACCAGUUUCUGCAAAUGGGUGUGAAAGAUGAGAGGGAUUUCCUGGAUGGAAUCACUGAUGAGGAUUUGUACAGCAUGGGUUUAAGUCAUGUUGAAAAGAAUCGUUUUCAUACCAUGAGAACCUUUAUUCAAACACUCAGCGCAUCACACCGUCAGGUUCAAAAUGUGGCACCAGUGCAGCAGUCAGACUCCUUUUGUUUGUGGUACACCUAUCCUAAAUGUCCUGAACGGAAGCUGAUAAAAGAUAUGGACCCGACUCAGAACACUGUAGAGGAUUUGAUGUUACGGAUCUGUUACCUUGAAAAAGUUGCCAGCACCAAAGGAGUCUGUAUAUAUACAGACGAUGGGAUGCCUCUGACGGAUGAUCCCUUCUUCAACACAUGGUCUUUUAAAGAGAGACAUAUCAAAAAUGGCGACACACUCUAUUGCAUAUUUACUCCCAAGGAAAACCUACAACAGGCCCCUGAAAUGCCAAAGCAGAACCUUUGUGAAACAAAUGGAACAGAAGUCAUUCGAUGCCACAUUAUGCUCAAGGGAUACUUUGAGAUCCUUGUGGACCUGGAAAAGGACACAUUAGAAACCCUGAUACACAAGCUGUCAAAUAUAAGCGGUGUCCCAGCACAUGUCCUUCAUUACAGACGAAAAGACUCCAUCAGCGACACGCUGCAGAAAUGUGGGAUUGCUAAAGGGUCAACCGUUUCCUUUAGUUUGUCAUCUCAUUCUGAAGACGAUACAUACCAUAAUACGUUCUACAACGAUGUCGUGCCUUCAGUGUCGCAAACCCUGAAGGGAAUCAGUGUGUUUUUCUCAUGUCUAUAUACUAUUGCAAAACAUGCAGAUGUGCCCCGCAAAAAGUUGUUUGCCUACAUAAGAAAACUGACUGGAUGUAACCCUCUCAUCCAGAGUUUGCAUCAACUGCAAAGAAAUGAAUGUUUGAGCAAAAACCAGAAGAUUGCAGUUGUUGAGGGAUUGUACAUGCUCUUCAGAGAGCUUUUACCCAAGCAAGGAUCGCAGAGAGGGGAAAAAUCCAUCGGGGAUCGCAACGUCUUUGAGAACUCUUUGUACUGCUGGGCACAUCUCAUUGACAAAGCAAAAGAUGUGACAUCCGAGUAUGAAGUCUUUGCUCCAAUCGAUCUCGUUUCCCAAGAAGCUAACCAUUUCUGCGAGCCAGUCAGAGUCCCAGGAGUACCAACUGUUUUCGAAAGAGCAGAUGUUCUCGAAAAAAUCAGCGAUGGAGUUAAAAUCCCGAAUUGCACUGAGGAGCCAUUGCGUGAGUGUUCACUGCAGAGAGCAGCUGAUGUGGAGAAGAUCCUUCUCAGCAUGCCUCGGUAUUUCCGCACAUAUCCCCUCUGGAUCUAUCAGGAUAAGGUGUCUGGCCAAAACUUUGAGGUCAAUGUUGAAUGGACAUUUGGAAGCAUGGUAGAAGGACUCAAAUCUUUGCCUUGCCUCAACGUGAUGUCUCCUCUACAGCUGAAGCAUCUGGGAGCAACACAGAGUUACCUUGUUUUUCUAAGUGAAGAUAACCUUGGGAUUUAUCUGGGUAAGGGCAAAGGAUCUCCAGAUAUGAUCCAAGUGCAAGAUUGUCUUACUGGAGAAGAAAACAUGGUUGAUCUAAAUGUUUUGGCAGCCAAGACCGGUGACCACGGAGAUAAUAAAACAUUUGUCACAAGCAGGACUCCAAAGGAAGCUAUACUGGUACUAAUGGAUACCAGUUCAUCCAUGGAAGAGGAGUGCUAUGAAAAUGCACAAAUACAGAAGAUCAACGCUGUGAAGGAGCUUUUUGACAACUUUGCCACCAGAAGCAUGGCCUAUGAUUUCCACCAUAUCAUUGGUCUUGUAAAAUUUGACUCCUUUGUGAAGACCCUGCAUACAUUUACUGAAAAUCUGGAAGUGUUUAAGGAACAUUUGCGUGACUUAAAGCCAAGUGGAUGUACUCUCCUGUAUGAUGCACUUAGACGAGGAGCUCGUGAGCUUGAAAAAGUCAAGGAGAGAUUCCCAGAAUGCAGACUUCGUAUAAUAUGCCUCACGGAUGGAAACGACUCUGGGUCCCUGAUGGAGCCAGUACCCAUGACAGUGAAACUUCUUGAAUCUGACAUCAUUGUCGAUUCAAUCCUCCUUGGAAAUGUGGAGAACAGCAUGCUGCACGGGAUCAGCAAUGCAACAGGUGGUUGUUGCUUCAAGCCACAGACAACCAAAGAAGGCCUGAAACUAUUUGAAAUCGAGACAGUUCUGUCUUUGGAGCAAAGGAAACCUAAAGAAAAGCUUGAUGCAUCUUCCAUCUCUGAGUCCAAAUUAGUGGGCCUAUUUGCUACUCAUGGAUAUGAUGAAUACCCAGAGACUUUCUUGCCAAGUCAGAUGAAAAGCAGAGUGACUCUCACUGAAAGUGCCCUCAAAAAGAAGAUUUCAGAGUCAAAGGAUGGUCGGUUCAUGGAGAAGGAAAAACGGAUCCUGGAGGAGCUCAAAAGUCUCCAUUGUGACCCACAUCCCUUCUUCAGAGUCUUUCCCUCAGAGACGGAUUUCACAUUCUGGAGGAUUCUCAUGCAGGGCCCUCCAGACACACCAUAUGAUACCGGCGUGUUUGAGUUGUACUGUCAAUUUGGACCCAACUACCCAGUGAAGCCCCCAGUCCUGCGUUUUGUCACUCCUGUGUAUCACUGCAAUGUCAAUAGUGUGGGUCGGAUCUGCCACAACCUAUUAGAUCGCAACUACAAUGCACACGUCACCAUGAAGGAGAUUUCCAAUGCCGUGUAUGGACUGCUCAUCGUCCCUGAACCUGAUGAUCCUCUCGAUAGCAUUUUGGCUGAAGAAUUUCUGACGAGCCGUGAGAUUUAUGAACAAGAAGCCAAGAAGCACACCGAGGAACACGCUGGGAAGUCUCUUGAUGAUAUGGAGAAGAAACUAAUGGAUCCAGUGCCACAGUUUGUACCUCAACACCUGCUCUGUCCUCUGACCAAGAAGAUGUUUGUCGACCCUGUGAAAACCGUUUAUGGCACUGUGUAUGAGCGCAAAGCCAUUGAAGAACACCUCAAACAACACAAAUAUGAUCCACUGGCUGGCCCCGAAAACGACCUUGAAAUGAGUGACCUAAUAUCAGACCGGAACAUGAAGAAGAUGGUGAUUGAUUACAGAUCCAAGCAAAUUCAGUGAAUCUGCUUAUCAACAUUCUUCAUUUCCUGAAUUCAAAGGAACAUUGAAGAUUUAAUUGGUUGAAUAAUACCUUAAGAUGCAUGCAUGCUUUUUAUUAAUGUCUGUUUAACAUUGUUCGCAGCUUUGUUGAUUUGUUUCUUAACUAAUCAUACUAAUAUUGUUUGUUGGUUUGUGCCUGUUUGUAAUUAAAAUUUGGUGUGAGCUGUCUUCAAUGAGCAAACAUCGAUCUAUUGAUAGAGAUUUAACUUUUCUUUCAGGUUCUGGUUUUACUUCCUUUUAGUCAUGAUGUUCUUAUACAUUUACAUCUAUAUACAAUAUAGAUGUGUACGUAUACAUUUUUUCCCCCAAGUGUUAUAUUGCUUAAGGCCUUUUGGAGGGCAGAAGUAGAAAAUAAAAUUUGUUAUUGGUGUUCAUAAUAAAGAAAAAGU